GCAGCAGAGCAAGCACUCGCCGUCCGUACACGUCUUUCUACUGCUUUACGCAAUCUGUAGAGAUGUGUCGCGAUAGUAUGCAAUCCAGCGCAUUUCCAUCCAGAUUACCAAUAUUUGCAUGAGCUGGCUUUAUUCGUGUUUCUUCAUUCCGUUUGUGUGUACUUUCCAAUAGUUGGUGAUGUUUGUGAUUGCGGUAGUUCACUGUUGCUCCUUCUCUCUACGCUCUUUACUCGUUAGUCCAGAACGGUAGCAUUUUGCGUUGCUGACCUGUAAUAAUCGAACCAACCAACAGCGAAGCAAUCGACGAAGCGAACUCCAUAGACAAAUCCCAUACAACAUCGAUCAUUUUUGUAUGGGAUUUGCCUGCCGCGAAGGCUUGAAUUGAGUUUGUCUAUAGGUGCUGCAUGCUCAUGGGCUCGAUCGAGUACGAGCGAGCUUCCGUUUUUCGCAAGCAACGACGACAAUUUGCAAGGCGGCUGUCAAUAGGCCGACUGUAGGAGAACUUCAACUUUAACGCAGCUGGCCGCCUAUCAACCACUACUCCAGCGCAACAUUCAGCUACCAGCGUCAGCCACAGAAUCGGCCAUCAGCAAACAACUAUCGCCGGAACUCCAAGCAGUAGUGCGUGUGUUUGUACGUGUGCAUAUGUGCCUAGCGUUCAAACUGUUUCCUGAGCUGAACUUCUUCCGCAGUAACACUCCACCGGGGACGAGUACGAUCGUCACCAAGCACCCCACACCACGAUGGCACGCUGCAAGAUCGAUUUCGGCGAAUGCCUCAAGGAUUCACCCAACUUCCGGCUGCGUAUCGAGCAGGAGGAGGCGGAGAUUGAGCAUCUAGAGGUGCGGCUGGAGAAGAUCAUCAAGGCGUGCAGUGUGGCGGUGGACAGCGGCAAGGAGUACAUCCGGAACCAGAGUACGUUCGCCACCUCGCUGUGGGACCUGCAGCGCCACUUCCAGGAUGACAAGAGUUCGACCAAUGCGCUGGCCCAGCUGAUCCAGCUGCUGCAAGAGAUGAACAAGUUCCACACAACGCUGCUGGACCAGGCCAACCGAACCGUGCUGAAGCACCUCACCGGUUUUCUGAAGCGCGACAUACGCGAAGUAAAAGAGUACCGGCAGAUCUUUGGGAAGGUGUCGGAGAACCUCGACACUGCCGUCUACCGGAACGCCCAGGUCAACCGGAACCGGGCGUCAGACGUGCUUGAGGCGGAGAAUCUGCUAUCCGCCACGAAGAGCUGCUUCAGCCACACCGCGCUCGACUAUGUGAACUACAUCACGUUGCUGCAGAGUCGCAAGCGGCACGAAGUGUUGGCUACUCUGCUCAGCUACCUACAGGCGUGCAGCACCUACUUCCACCAGGGCUCGGAUCUGUGCGAGGACUAUAGUGCGUUCUUCAAGGGGUUGGACGACGAGAUCGAGCAAAUGCGGUCGGAGUACGCGUCGCUGGACAAGCAGAUGCAAAAUCGACAUACGUGCGUCGUCGAGCAGGCAUCGUACGUGCGUGGUGACGCGGGCGGUGGUGGUGGUGGUGGUGGUGGUGGCUGCAGCGGCGGCGGCGGCGGGACGGACCAGCAACACUUGGAAGCGUGCCCACCGAGCGGCGAUGGGAAGCUAUCGAUGCCACCGUCCGCGAGCAGCAGCAGCGGUGAUCGAGCACCAAGUUACAUGGAGGGCUACCUCUUCAAACGCACUUCAAAUGCCUUCAAAACGUGGAACCGGCGGUGGUUCUGCAUGUGCGACAACCAGCUCUUCUACCGGAAGCGAUCGGGCGAGGAGCUACCCACCAUGAUGGAGGAGGACCUGCGGAUUUGCACCGUCCGGCAGCUCGCCGACUCGGAUCGAAGGUUUUGCUUCGAAGUCAUAUCGCCCACCAAAACGCACAUCCUGCAGGCAGAUUCGGAAGCGAUGAUGAACGCCUGGAUAAAAGCGCUACAGAUCGGUAUCGAUUCCGCCAUUCAGCACUAUAACCCGAUUCCAGUUAAUCGAAACCACCGCGACGGAGGUGGACUGCGCAGUUCGGACCUGACCCGACCGCUUCCCGGAGAAGGAUGUGGAGGAGGAGGAGGCAGCAGCUACUCUGCUGGCGGUGGUGCACUCGAAUCUGGCGGCAAAGGCGGUCCUGGUAACCGGAAGGGAUUCAAAAAGAUCAACUGGACACAAAUGCUGAAGAUACCGGGCAACAGCCGGUGCGCGGACUGCGGCAACAGUGAGCCCCGUUGGGCGUCUAUCAACCUCGGCAUCACGCUCUGUAUCGCUUGCUCCGGUGUGCACCGUAGCCUCGGCGUGCACUACAGCAAGGUCCGGUCGCUGACGUUGGAUGAAUGGGAACCGGAGAUACUGCGCGUGAUGAUCGAGCUCGGUAACGACGUGAUCAACCGGGUGUACGAGGGUAAUGCAGCACAGAUAGCGCGCUUCGAGCGGGCCACCGAUAACUGUGAGAUAGCGGUGCGCGAAGCCUGGAUACGGGCCAAGUACAUCGAGCGGCAGUUUGUGGCCCCGCUUGAUGGGGACGGUGUCGACUUUGGCUUGCCCGGGGACCACGGCGGAGGAGCGAACAGUAGCAGCACUUCAUCGUCGACACUUUCGUUCAAGAGUCUCGGCGCCGACAGCUCCAAGUUUCCGGAGAAGUGGAGCAUCAAGAAGCUGCGUCGGCGAAGCUACCGUCAGCUGCUGCGACCGAAGCGGCGACUGAUAGCGGGUGUCGAGGGAGAGAGAGUCCAAGUGGGUGAUCCCGCCCAGUUACAGAUACCGGUAACGGAUCUAGGUGCGGAAGAGCAGCAUCGUGGGGCACCGGACGGUGACGAAGGCAAUGACGGCGGUGGUGGUGUGGCGAGCGAUGGCUCCGGGAACGCUGAAGGUACGAGCCCGGACGCAGACGAGAAGGAUGUAAAAGAGGGCCUGCCGAAGCAGUUCGCCGACAUACUGCUGAUCGGGGCGAACAUCGUCACCGAGGGCCAUCAGCUGCCGGACGAGGAUCUACUGCUGCUCAACUCGGACCAGGAGUCGACGAGCGGCGAGGAGGACAACUCGAUCAUGGAGUGCGAAGAUCUGGAGCGCCUCUGCCCGAACUAUCUGCUGUACAAAGCCGCAUCUGGGCACAAUCUGCCGGUGAUGAGCCAGGCGCUGGCACUCGGUGCGGACAAAAACUGGACGAACGCGGAACAGGCAGACCGAACGGCCCUACACGCAGCCAUCCUCUCUGGCUCGGUGAUGGCGUGCGAGUACCUGCUGCUGAAUGGGGCCGCCAUUAAUGCGACCGAUCGACAUGGUCGCACCGCCCUCCACAUGGCCACCGACCAGGGUUCCGCGGCCCAGGCCUACCUGCUGCUGAAGCACAAGGCCCGAUACGAUAUCGCCGAUGCGGAGGGACACCGACCGAUCGACAUUGCGGUGGAAAAGGAGGACGCGGACAUCGUGACCCUGCUGCGCCUUACGCGGCUGAACGAUGAGAUCAGUGCGGGCGAGGACGGCAGCGGCUACACCGGUGUCGACGUCACGUACGCUGAGGUCAUGAACGAGUUUUCUCACCUUGCCAGCAAUCAACCGCAACGCAUACAGCGCACUCAGCGCCAACUACAGCAUCAGCUACAGCAACAGCAGCAACAGCAGCUACAGGAACAACUACUACUAAUCCGCCAACAGGAGUCGGAGCUGCUGGCGCGCCAAAGAGAGGCAUUAUCGAUAGCGGCGGACAGUGAUCACCGCGUCACCGUAACGGAUCUCGAUGUACCAAACAGCUUGCAAACGGAACCGUCGUGAAUGGCGUGACCAGGGCUGAUCGAAAGAAAGGCAGAAGCAACCAAAACUGACACAACACACCCUUCUUCCGUUUCUCUGGUCUACUCCUUUACUGUAGCGCCGAUCGACCUACCCAGCUCCACAGUGGAGAGUUGUGUGGACGAAUCUCUCAAAAGGUUUCAAAGAAAACCCCGUUACUAUCCCGAACGAUCCAUAACACACCAGCCUAUCCAACUGCCUUUACUAGCGUUACCGCUGGGCAAUGCAUAAUGUUGCUAGAAAAGAGCAGACCACGCACGGUAUUUUACCCUAGCCGGAAGGCCCUUCUCCCUACAUUUCCGUUUUUUUUUGUUUGUGAACCCCAGCCACGUUAUUAGCUGUGUACUGCGAACCAGUUGCCUACAGCUUUAGCUGUUACUUCGCUGUGCUCGAUGCUUCCCUUCUCUUUUAAACUUUCUGUUCCCGUGGCGCAAUCGUAAUCCUAUUUAAACAUAGCUAAAAGCUCUCAGCACUCACUUUAAUUGUUUAUAGGGCAAAUAUGGAUUAGCGCGUUGUUAUAGAUAUUAUAUACAUAUAUAUAUAGAAGACUGGUAUUCCGAAAACGAAGUGAAAAAAUCCAUAGCAACCGUAUGCUAACAUCACCAACGGCAUCCAUUGCCCAUGCCUUCAAUCGAACAUUUGCGUCAAACCCGUCAAUCGAACAUUUUACGUACCAGGCCUGUGGUGUUUUAAUGUUUUUGCAUUCAAACAAGGUCGUUGUCGGUUGUGUCUUAUUUUCCGUGCUAAAAACAGGAAUAGUAAAUCACCAAAGUAAAACGACAACAUCAAGAGAAAACAAUCCAGACGUUAACUUUUUUACUAUGUUUAACGGACUGUCACUCAGUAUAGCAAAGUUGCAAGGACAUUUUCCAGGAUAAACAUACAGAUAUUGGUAUUAAACUUUGUUGUAGAGUUAAUAUACAGGGUGAGUUAAAAAAACUGCAACACACUUUAAACGCUAUAUCUUUUUCAUUUUUGUUUCGAUUUUAUUUAAUAAAACCAAAAAAUGUCGGGAAUU